AUGGACGCAUCACUCGACCUUUCCAAGCUCAAUGCCCUCUCGCCUGAGGUCAUCUCCAAGCAGGCUACCAUCAACAUCGGUACCAUUGGUCACGUAGCCCACGGUAAAUCCACUGUCGUUAAGGCCAUUUCUGGAGUUCAGACUGUCCGAUUUAAGAACGAGUUGGAGCGCAAUAUUACCAUCAAGCUGGGAUAUGCCAAUGCUAAGAUUUACAAAUGCCAAAACGAGGCCUGCCCAAGACCUGGAUGCUACAAGUCGUACCGAAGCAACAUGGAAGAUCAUCCCAAGUGCGAGCGCCCAGGAUGUGGUGGUAUCAUGAAACUGGAACGUCAUGUUUCUUUCGUCGAUUGCCCAGGACACGAUAUUCUCAUGGCCACCAUGCUGAACGGUGCUGCUGUCAUGGACGCUGCUCUAUUGUUGGUGGCCGCCAAUGAAUCAUGCCCUCAGCCCCAAACAAGCGAACAUUUGGCUGCUAUCGAGAUCAUGAAGCUGGAGCACAUCAUUAUUCUUCAAAACAAGGUCGAUCUGAUCAAGGAAUCGGCAGCACAGGAGCACUACCAGAGCAUCUUGCAGUUCGUCAAGGGAACCAUUGCGGACUCUGCUCCCAUCGUCCCCAUCUCUGCCCAGCUCAAGUACAACAUCGAUGCCGUCAACGAAUAUAUUGUCAAGCGUAUCCCCAUCCCUGUCCGCGAUUUUACCUCCGAUCCCCGUCUUAUCGUCAUUCGUUCCUUCGAUGUCAACAAGCCUGGUGCUGAGGUCGACAGCUUGACAGGAGGUAUUGCUGGAGGUUCCAUUCUUAACGGAGUCUUGAAGCUCGGAGAUGAGAUCGAGAUCCGUCCCGGUAUCGUCACAAAGGAUAACGAAGGAAAGAUCAAGUGCAGACCCAUCUUCUCCCGCAUCGUCACGCUCUUGGCAGAGACCAACAACUUGAAGUUUGCCGUGCCCGGCGGUUUGAUUGGUGUUGGUACUAAGAUCGAUCCCACACUUUGCCGUGCCGAUCGUUUGGUCGGUCAAGUCUUGGGUGCGGUUGGGAAACUGCCUGAAGUCUACUCCGAGCUCGAGAUCAACUACUUCUUGCUCCGUCGUCUUUUGGGAGUCAAGACAGACGACAAGAAGCAGGCCAAGGUUACCAAGCUGACUAAGAACGAGGUUUUGAUGGUCAACAUCGGAUCGACCUCGACCGGAGGACGUGUCAUCCAGGUUAAGAAUGAUAUUGCAAAGAUUGCCCUUACUGGUCUCGCAUGUUCAGAGGCUGGCGCCAACGUUGCCUUGUCGCGCCGUAUCGCAAAUCACUGGCGUUUGAUUGGAUGGGGCAAGAUCACCCGUGGUUCCUCUGUGCCUAUCUAAAGCGUAUAGGAGUAUAGGACCGAGACGCAUGGGAGGAAUGCACCAGAUAGAGCAUGCAAUGAAGCCUUAUAGGAAUAGAGGCCUCAACAUCGUAAAGUAAAGUUCACAUUCAUUUUUAUCCGCACAACCGUC